ACGCAUGCAUGCAUUGCAUGCUUGUAUGCAUGUCAGCAGUAUAAAUUCUAAUGACAAUCGUUGACAGGCAAUACGUGUAUUAGACAUAUGAUGGAUUAUAUUCCAGAACUUUUAAUACCACCCACUACAUCCGAUUACCAACCUAUUACAGAAAAAGAAGCAUACGAUUUAAAACAAUUAAUAGAAGGUUGCGACUAUGCUGUUUCAAAUGCUGAACUUUUUAUGGAAACACUUUCUAAGGAUCUAUCCAUACUUGAUGGGGAAAAUGUACGGCUAGUAUUAGGUUCUGAGCCUCAAGUGGCUAAGUUAAUGAAAAGUAUAGAAGCUGCAGUAGAAGAAGCAUCUAUGGUUGAAGCACGCCUUGCAGCUUAUGACGAAGCACUUGGAAGAAUUAGAGAAGUUAUGGCGCGUGUGGGACAAAAGAAUCAAGCGAUACAUACAGCUAACAAUAAUGCUAGUUUCUUAUUAGAACAAUUAAAUACAGCGAUUUCACAGCUUGAUAUACCUGCAAAUUAUCAGCGCAUUUUAAAUGAAGCCGAUUUGCCAGGUGGACGAGAAGAACUUAGUCUUGCAGGAAUAUCACUUUUGAAAGCAAUGACAGCACCUUUACCGCUAGGUCUUGAUAAAUUAAGCGCAGUAACUGAACAAAAAAAACGUUUAGAAAAACUGAAAACAAAGUUUUCUGUCAUUGUUGCUAGACAUUUGAAUAAUCUUUUUAUACAUUUGGGUAAUGAUACAGGAGAAAAUAUAAAUUCUUCUGAAUUAAUUCUUCCAACGCACGAAGCUGUUCAUCACGAAUUAGAGCCAUAUACUGAAUUAAUGCAAUUAUUAAGAGCUUUAGAUAAUAAAGCUUUCGUGCAACUUGCUAAAGUAUAUAGGGAUACAAUGAGUAAAUUGUACAAGAGGGAUUUAAAAUACUUUUUCGAAAUAGCAAAAAAUAAGCUCAUCAGCAAACGACUGCAAGCUCAUGCUUCCAAAGGUAGUGGACAAAAAGCUGAAGACUUAAUUAAUCCAGCACCCAUGUGUCUUCUUAGCGCAGAAGUCUGGCCACCUAUAAGCGAAGGCCGUUUCUUAGAUAUGGUAUUAGAUGGUGUAUUAUCUCAAAUGCAGCCUGUAUGCCUCGCGGAACAGGCUUUUUGUAUUUCAUUUCUUCAAUUAGAUUCGGUUCUUACACCUUCAAAUAGUAAUGAAAUGGAAGAAACAGAAUGUGUAAAUAAUGGCGCAGCGAGUCCUGGCUCGGUAACUUCAACAGCAAGUAAAAAAUUAGAGCGGCAAGUAAAUGAAGAAGUACGUGCUACAAUGUCAGCUAUAUUUCCAUCUUUGGAAAUGGAAUUAAAUAAUUUUAUUGCCUUCCUAGACAAAGUUGAUAGUUUUUGGUGUAUGUACGUCUUAGUUCGUUUGUCACAACAUGUUAUGUCAGCUCAAGAUACCGGAUCCUUUUUAUCGAUGACUUUUGCAUCUGCCUUAAUUCAAGUGAAAAGGGGUUUUGAUAAAUUUAUGCAAGCACAGCAACAUUCAAUUUUAACAGAUACUAAAGUUAAUCGACGACAUAAAUGUGGUAUAUUGCCAUAUGUUGCUAAUUUUGGGCUUUUUGCAAAAACAGCGGAAAAAAUUUUCAAACAUUCUGAUAGAAAAGUUGAUUUAGAAAAAUGGUAUACGAAAUUGGUUGGCACGAUAUUUGAAGCUAUUGUUAUUCAUAGUAAAGAACAUCAUAAAACACCACCCGAAGUUAUAAAAAUGGAAAACUUCCAUCAUAUGUACGAUCUCUUAUCCCAAGUAAAGAUCUCAGUAUUAGAUCAAGAACGCAAGGAGGCUAAACAAAGAUAUCAAGAAGCACUUCGUGCAUAUGUCAUACAAUAUUUUGGUAGACCACUAGAAAAACUUAAUCUCUUUUUUGAGGGUGUACAAGCAAAAGUUGGAGCUGGUGUAAAGGAAUCAGAGAUUAGUUAUCAAAUGGCUUUCAGUAAACUAGAACUUCGACGAGUUAUAAAAGAAUAUCCUGCUCGAGAAGUAAAAAAAGGUUUAGAAAAUUUGUACCGAAAAGUUGAGAAGCAUCUGUGCGAAGAAGAAAAUUUAUUGCAGGUUGUUUGGCGUGAAAUGCAAGGAGAAUUUAUCGCCCAGUACAUAUACAUUGAAGAAUUGGUACGACGUUGUUAUCCGGACAGUAUGGUGACGCUUGAAUUUACGACUCAGGAUAUAUUAGAAUUUUUUUCAGAAAUUGCCCGAUCGCAUUAACAAUAGGUUUUAACCUGUAAUGUUUGAUACAAUGGUAUUAAACAAUCUAAAUAUUCUUUAACGUAUAAUUACACGUAUUACGAUUUAUAUAUCUAUAUAUGCAAUAUGAUAUAAAAUAAUAUUUAUGAUUAUUUUAAUAUUAUUGUCUUUCCUUUUAUCUUAGCAAUCGAUACUUGAUCGAAUUAUUAUGAUAAUGAUAUUUAUUUAUAAAGUGCACGACAGAAACAAAGUUUUAAGUUAUUUUAUUUACACUGAAUAAAUGGCUUAUAAACAUUCAUCGUAAAUAUAAAACAUGAAAAUAUACACAAUUUACAGUUGUAGGCCAUGGGCAGAAAAAUUGACAAAUACGUGCGCACAAAGAGCGAUGACUUAUUUUUAAAUUACUUUGAGCAACCUCGUUUCUUUUAUUCGACAAUGGACAAAUUUUGUGAUUAUACAUCGGACAAAUAAAAAAUAAUUAAAUUUUUGUUUAAUAAAUUCAUAAUUCUUCGA